UCGUAUACCCAAACAUUUCGAAAGGGAAUAUGAAUAUAAGCACAAAUUAUGAUGUGGCCUUUGACGAUAUCAAACACCGAGCUUUUCUAUUGUAUUGGAAUGAAAUAAGAGCACAGCAUCUUUUACCGAAUACCGUUAUGUUGGUUAUAUACCUUUUAAUCGGAUUAGCAGGAAAUAUAGCUGUCAUACUUGUAUAUCAAUUUGGUUUUAAUAAAAACACAGACGGAAGGUACUUUAUAGUACCACUGGCAUGGGUCGACACGACCGCUUUAAUAGUGACAGGAGCAAUAAACCUGACUCGAAACACGAAGCCAGUCAUAUUUCCCGGACAUGGAGCAUGUAAACUGCUCUUAUAUUCAAGUUACGUUACAACGUGUACUUCACUUUUUCUUUUGAAUGUCAUUGCAGUGCAGCGAUAUUUGAAAAUAUGCAAGCCUUUUGGUCCACAAAUGAACAUACUUUGGAAUCGUUUGUCUGUUGUAAUUUGUGCCAUUGCGUCUAUUUUGUUGUACAUGCCCGUGUUGUUUUACUACGGAAUUGUAGACACCAGGAAUCAUUCUUCUUGGAACAUCAGUGGAUACGAGUGUAACCAACUCCCUGGUUCUACAGACCAGCAAAAAGGAUUUAAGAUUUUCCAAGGAGUUGGAUUUUUCGUCACCAUUGCCAAUCUACUGACAAUAACUGUGCUAUACAUUGUUAUCGCAAUAGCAAUAAUGAAGCAAUUGAAAAAGAUGAAAGUUGUUAAAGUAGGGAGAGAUAACGUUAGUGUUGCUACAUUGGACACAAUAGAACAAACAUAUGUUCCAAGCGUCCAAGUGAAUUUCCAGACAGCAACAAGCGAUACGGACUUUACCAUUGAAACCUCUAAUCGAAUUAAUGAACCCCAGGAAAAACAUUUCACUCAAACCGCUACAAGAAAAUCGACUUUUAGAAUAUCUUUUAUGUUUAUGGCUAUUACUAUCGUUGCAUUUCUUGCCUACUUGCCAACAUGUAUAUUUAUAGUCAUUGAAACGAAUAAUCCUGCAUUUUGGAAUGAUCUUACUCCUACUGCAUUCCAUAUUUGUCUUACCUUGCGUCGGAUGUACAUGGUAAAUCAUUUUAGUAAUCCAUUUAUGUAUGGUGCAUUCGAUAAUGCUUUCCGUGAAAAGAUAAAGAAGAUGUUUUGCAAAAAAUGAUCGAGAAAAAUGCUAGCGUUUGUUUUGUACAUAAAAUUCACCAAAGACAAGAAACUCAUCUUGUAUAACUUCGAUAUAUUCUUUUUGUAAUCAACCAGUCUACAAUAGUAUACACACACAGUUGGAAAAAAUAAACUAUUGCGAUAUAUUUAGAUGCAUUGAAGAUAUCUUCUGUCACCUUAUAUCCUGGUCCCAUAAUGAAAAAUAGUUUAAUUUGAAACCACAAUUCAAAA